GACUUUACUGUAUAAAUUGCCGCCCCCAAUUUCAUUUCACAAACUCACCAUUUCACCUCUCACAAAAUCAAUUCCCGUUGAUUUUGCUCCUUGCUCUCCCGAAAUCUCCUCGAUUUCACCGGAUCAAUCCUUUGAAGGUAUUUGACAAAAUGGCUGUGUCACGAGAUCGGCUAUCGAGGGAAGAUAGCAUCAUAGCAUCUUACAGCCAAAGGCGAGUUUCAAGGAACAUUGGAAGGGGGAAUCCGAUACCUUUCGUUCUUGUAGAUGACAGUGAGGAAGGGGUAGAUUCAAGGACUCCAUUCCGUUGGAGGGAUACGACGAUGGCUGGCAAUGCUGGAUCCCUGAGAUUUAGGCCUCAGAACUUGUCACAUUUGGUGGGGAGUGGUCGUAGCCGUGUGGGUGGUUUUGGAACUCCGAGUGUAAGGCGCUUUGGUAGGCUGGCAGGGCCGGAGAACUUGGGAAGUGGCCGUGGCCGUGGCCUUGGAGGUGCAUUGCCUGCUUGGUAUCCCAGAAAGCCUCUCAAUGACAUAACUGCUGUAGUGAAGGCGUUUGAAAGAAGGAGAAGAGAGCAACGAGGAGGUGGCGAAGGCCUACAAUCAGCAGCUCGUGUUCAACCUAGCACGCCAAGUGCUCAUCUUGAGCAAAACAAAGCUAUGAUUUCGCCGGUUUUGUAUAGGCCAAGAAGCAUAGGCAAAGUUCCCAAGAUAUUGCUUGAUAUCACACAUCAAGAAGGGGGAGAUGCAGCAGCUUGUUUGACGCCGCAGAAGAAGCUGUUGAACAGUAUUGAUGUAGUUGAGAGGGUGGUGAUGGAGGAGCUCCAGAAGAUGAAGAGGACUCCAUUUGCCAAGAGGGCCGAGAGGGAGAAAAGGGUCCGGACUUUGAUGUCAAUGCGUUGAGCCUGAGAGGAAAGUUUGGAUUCGACUGAAGCUCGUUUGGAUCAUAAACUGAUGACCCAAUUCUAGAGAAUUUUGUUUGUAGGGUCAUUUCUUGAUGACAAGAUACUAGUUGUGUUGAUAUGUUUGUAGCUUUUCUCAUGCUACAAAUCACAUUUCAUAUUUAUUUCUGAUUAGGUUCAGUUUUAGAGAAGCAUAGAUCAUAUGCAUAUGAAUUCAAUUCUAAAGAGAUGUAAAUAAAGGCUUUGUGGCUAUUUUGUAGAACAUGAAUGUUUAAACAUAUAUGAUUCUAAAUUUGAA